GCUGGGGUGCAGUGGCUGCCCGCACUAGGUCUUCGGCCAUCGCGGCGUCCCCGUGCACCCCCGCCGGCCUCAGUGUCCCCAUCUGCGCAAUGGGGCCAGAGACGGGCGGGGUAGGGCGGGGAGGAGGCGCACGUGUGCACCGGCAGACUUGGGGAGCCCCCGCCCUUUUCCCAUCUCCAAGUACCUGGAAUGGCUUGGGAGGUGCGGAGCCCGCAGUCGUGGCCACCCCGCACCCAGGGCUCGGGCAAAGGCAGGUGGAGACUGGGGUCCCCCAGAGGCUCUGACGGCUGGAUCUGGGGGCCGCUUGGAGGAGGCGAUCAUGGAGGCCGGAGUGAUGGGCAGCGUGGAAGACACGAGACUCCCCCGCAGCGAGCCGGCGAUGCCCGCGCCAUGACCUCGGCCGCCCCGAAGGAUGCCCAGGCCGCUGCCCAGGACUUCUUGGAUUCUUUCCUGGGGGAGUUUCCAGGCCCUCCGAGCCCGGAGGCGCCCCUGCCGUGGAAGGCCCCCGGAGCUCCCGUGAGCCAGGAAGAAGCCGAGGGCGAGCUCAUCGAGCUGGCCCUGAGCCUCCUCUGCGGCAGGAAUGCGCCGCUGCCGCUGGCCUGCUCGCUAACCCGUGAAGCUGUGACCCGGCUCAUGCAGGAGGCAGACCUGUCGGCAUUCAGGCAAGCGCCCAGAGAAGAGCGAGGAGUCCAAGAGGAGGAAGGCGAGGAGGACGAUGGGAUCAGCGUGGCCUUGCUGGAUGCCAAGAGCCUGCAGAGAUGCUUCUUCCGUGGGCUCUGGGAAGUCUGUAGCCAGUGGCAGAAGCAGAUGCCAGCCCCUUCCACGUGCGCUUCUCGUCCCUGGAUGACCUCUAUCCACGCCAUCCGCAACACCCGCCGCAAGAUGGAAGACCGCCAUGUUUCCCUGCCUGCCUUCAACGAGCUCUUCGGUCUUUGUGACCAGGUGGAUCGAGCUUACUUUGCUGUUUUUGAUGGCCACGGAGGAGUCGAUGCUGCCAACUAUGCUGCCAUCCACGUUCACGUCAACAUUGCCCGACAUCUGGAGGUGACGAGAAAUCCCGCAGAGGCCCUCAGGGCAGGGUUCAAGAAGACCGAUGAAAUGUUCCUACAGAAAGCCAGGCGGGAGAAGCUGCAGAGCGGCACCACGGGGGUCUGCGUGCUCCUGGUGGGUCGCACCGUCCACGUGGCCUGGCUUGGGGACUCCCAGGUCAUGCUGGUGCAGCAGGGACAAGCCCUGGAGCUGAUGAAGCCUCACAAGCCAGAGCGCCCGGACGAGAGGGAGCGCAUAGAGGCCCUGGGAGGCUUCGUGUCCUACAUGGACUGCUGGCGAGUCAACGGCACCCUGGCCGUGUCCAGAGCUAUCGGCGACGUCUUCCAGAAGCCCUACGUGUCCGGCGAGGCCGACGUGGCCUCCCACGAGCUCAGCGGCACCGAAGACUACCUGCUCCUGGCGUGCGACGGCUUCUUCGACUCGGUCUCGCGGGAGGAGGUGGCCGGCCUGGUCCACGGCCUCCUGCUGGGCAGCGAGGGCAGCGGGCUCCGGCUGGCCGAGGAGCUGGUGGCGGCCGCCCGCCAGAGGGGCUCUCGGGACAACAUCACCGUCCUGGUGGUCUUCCUCAGGGACCCCCGCGAGCUCCUCCGAGACGGGCCCCCCGGGGCCGCGGGGGCCCAGCAGGACCCGAGCGUGGCGGGCUCGGCCUCGGCCUGCUUCGGGUCCUAGAGCGGCCCUGCGGCCCCGCCCGCGCCCCCGCCCCCGCCCUCCCCCCAGCGCGGCCCAGGAAGGGUGGCAGGUCCUCCCCAGUAUGACUAACCCUUCCCAGUGGGGUCCGUCCUGGGCCCGCGGGCCACGCCCCCAAGUUCUCGGGAGACGCCCCAGCACACUGGUGCCUGCCAAAGCGCCCUCCGGGAAGCCGUGUGCCCUGCUGGAGCUGGCCUGGCUCGCCCCCUCCCCGGCCGAGGGGGGCCUCGAGUGCCAAGCCCCGGGCCAGGCGGGUCAGAGCCUUCCUUUCCCAGAAGGGGAGCCCCAGCAGCCCUGCAAGUGCCUUCAGCGUCGCCGCCCGGAAGUCUUCCAGGGGCUGCAGCCAGCGGGGCCUCCGCUUGCGAAGCCUUCCCGGCAUGGAGAAGACGGCUGGCCGUGGCCUGGCCCUGCUCUCGGCCUCCGUGUCGUCCAGAGGCCACGCGGGCUCCCGCGUUCCUCCCGUGAAGGCCGGGUGGCGUGACUGCGUCGUGGCUCCCAGCGUGGUGGUCGGGGCCUCAUCCGGCCUCCGCUCCGACCCUCCGCUGACGGGGAGCUCCGGGCCGUGCCGGGGCGGCUGAGCGAGUCCCACCGCCGUGCCCGGCCUCCGUGCAUCUUCCCCUCCCCCACUGCAGCGGGCUCACUGGGCACUGGGGGAUCCGGAGCGCUUGGCAGCCCCUCUGUUUAGCGGCUCCUGUUGGGCUCAGAGAAGGGGGCCUCCUGGCCAUGGCGCUUCCUCCGGGCCCCAGGGAACAGCCAGGACGCGCCUCCGCCCCGAGGGACCGCCUGGCCCGGAGGGCCCCUUACAAGAGCUCCGCCCCUGAGAAUCCAAGGCCCGCCUCCCUCCGCGCCAUCCUCUCUCAGGGCCUCUCCAGGGGGCCAGCCCGGGCACCUGCCUGGGCACCGGGGAAAGGGUGGCACGCCCCAAGCCAUCGAUCGGAAGCCGUCGGGCAUCCUCUGCCUCUGCGGGCCACUCGGUGGCCCUCGCACCCGGGUCCAGACGCCGCCGGCGGGGGGGUCGGCCUCCCCCCCAAGGGCCACGCAGGUGGCCAGGACCGUUGUGCACAGCCCCCUCCGGCAGGGAAGAGUGAUUAAGUGUUAUUAGCGUCUAUUUUUAAAAGUAAGUGGGUGGGAGCCCGAGCUGCAAAUGUCAGCUCCUUGUGCAGAAACGGCGCCAGCGAGGAGCCGGGCGCCCCCUCCCCCAGCAUUCCCUCUGUGGCCCAGCGGGCGCCUCCCUUCUGCAGGCUGGGAGAGUGGGCAGGUCCCCCCUCCCCCUCUCCUGACCCAGACCGGGGCCGCAGGGUCCGAGGAGAGGCAGCCCCGACGCCCCGGGGCCCCCCGGUUGGUCCUUCCAGCCCCCGGGGCCCUGCUGUCUGGGGAUGCCCCGCCAGAAGCAUCAGGCCGCAGGGGGAGCCUCGUGUCCCAGCGCCCGCUCGAGAAGGACGUAGACGAGCCAGAGCGUGUGUGCAGAGGAAGGAGCCGGGAUGGAGCCCCGGGAAGGGCGACGAGACCUCCAGGGCCCCGAGGCCGCCGUGGGAGGAGGAUCUGUCCGUCCUGCCUGGCCUCGGAGGGUGGUGCCGGGAGACCUUCAGCUUGGUGUCAGGAGAAAAUGCCUGAUGGUCGGGAAGGGUCCAGAGGGGGCUCGGCAGGCUCUGGCGGGCAGCAGGUGGUGCCCCACCGCUGGGGACCUUUGUGCCCCGGCAGAGGCCUUCCCACCCAACUGUCCUGGGCCUCCCUGCUCACGCCUCCCCUCCCCACACAGUCAGUAUUCACGGGGCCUAGAGCCAGCCUGGAGAAGCUCAGACUGCUUUUCUGAGGGGCCGGCGUGGAAGGCCUGCCUCCAUUCCUAUCGGAAACCUUUCCCAGGGGUGGUGGCAGCCCCGCGCCUUCCCCUUCCCCAUCCCUCAUUUCCUUACCAACAAAAUGGGGAGGGGGCACUCUGUUGGCCCCAGGCCUUGGCCCUGGAGUCAGGCAGUAUCUUGGCCAAUAGACCCCCCUUUCUCCUUUAGCUCACGGAGCCCACUCCUUGCUACUCUUUGCUAUUUAUUGGCUGACACCUCUUUGCCUACAUUUGCAUGUAUCCUCGCUAGAGCAUGGGGUGCUCUCCUAUCUGGGGUGCUGCUUUGGGGCUCCCAGAGAGCCUCUCCCCCUGCACUCCACCCUGGGAGUCCCUGUGGGGCCCAGGGGAGGCUCCCUGCCCCCUCUUCCCAAGAAGGGAAGUCACCACUAGCCUGGGGGAGAUCUCCGAGCGGGGCUCCCCCUGCAGCCUCAGCCACACUGUCUAGUGGGUCUCACAGUUGGGAGAGCCGCUGUCCAAGCCAAAGGAAAGGGGGAGAGGCGCCGCCAUUCGCAGUAUGUUGGCACAAAGUAUUAAUAAACAGGAAUAUGAGCCUCGGCUCCUUGGA